AUGUGUAAUGAAGAAGUCAAUGAAGAAUAUGCGAGGUUGUUCUUCAAGAACGCUCGUGCGCAUCUAGAUAAACAUCUAACAUCAAGCUUGAUAUGCGAUGAAGAUGCAUAUAUCACGUUCAGAUGUUUCCUAGAUGGCAUACAUUACAAAUCUACUAUGUUGCUCGAGGAGCUGCUUUCGAAACAAGAGAAAAUGCACCAUAAUAACAAUCAUGAACGCAUAAAUGAUGCGGUGAUACCUAUGCUUCUGAAGCUUUUAUGGCUUCAAAUCCACGAACCUACAUUUCAAUGGUUUGAGCGCUGGUUUCAUGAUAUUAUGCGACUAAAUAAUAAGAGAAAGUUCAGAGUUUUUAGAAAAUUUCAUAAACAAAUGAUUAAUUUUUUCAAAAUUACGCAUAGGUAUUAUUAUAACACCAUCGAAUGCCUAUGCGCAAAAUAUGAUAUGUGUUCCGUUAUUCCAAAUGCUCUUUUUGCGAAGCUAAAUUUAAUGCGAUUGAUAGAUGGGCUUUCAACUCAUGAAAAAAUUGCAUUAGAUGCGAGUAAUCCGUUGACGUUUUCCAUUGUAAUUUCGCUUCAGAGAUGCAUAAUUAAUCUAGGUGCUACACACUUUUAUAAAACAUUAUUAGACAAGCCUUCCAGCAAAUCCAAAAGUGUGGAAGAUUUUGAGAAGGCUGUUAGGUAUUUGAACAUUGCCUCACUCUAUCUCCCAGCUGUUGGAGAUACUUAUUUUCAACUAGCCAAAAUUUACUUGAGCACUGAGAAAUUCUCACUGUAUUUUUUUGAAUUAGUAAGAGGUGCGUUAGUAAGGAUCCCGUCCAAAUGUGCGUUAAGUAAUUUGAGGGAUUUCAUUUUAACUCCUGAUUUUUCGGAAAGAAGACUUUUGAUGAAAAAAUUGGCCAUGCUUGUGUCAAAAGGUCUCAAAGGUGAGAGAUUGCUGUUUGAAAGUCGUACUGUUUUGCAAUUUCUAUCGAUAGUAGAACACACUAUGUUUCCACAUUCAUGGAACGUAUCACGUGCCCCUAAUUGUUGGCUAUUGAGAGAGCAUUUACAAACAGUUGCGCUAAAGUAUCAUGCAGGCGACAUUAAGGUUAUACUUGAAAAUUUGGCUGCCACGAUGGGAAGUUUCGAUCUUAUGUUUGCAAGUGGAAAUAGCAAGGAAAAAAAGAACAAACUCAAAUUCGCGGAUUUGAGUAAGCGUCAAGUUUUUUUUUUAGACUUAAGCUUCGAUUUUAUUGUCAAUAUAAUAGACGUCGUGAUUAAACCCUUAUGGCAAAAAAACAUGGAAAAUUUCCAAUACUUAGCCAUUAUACGUUUGCUUAUAUGCUGGAUUAAAUCAUAUAGAUCCAUUUUGCAGUACACUCACAGACACAGAAAGUUUUGUACUUCAUUCGCCUUAUUACUAAAUGAUUUGAUAAACAGUUCAUUGAAUUGGCCAAAGAAUGUAUAUAGCCACAAACCACGGAGAAGCUAUUAUUUGAGGGAAGAUAUUAUUUUUAGAGAAUUUUCUUGCAUUAACUUUGCACUAACCGAUUUUAAUGAUGAUUCUGUGUAUAAUUCUCCCGAUAUGAUUAAUAAUAUAAUUGGAUGCCCUACGUUGACUGAGAUGCUUUCUCCAAAAGAAGAAUGCAUUUUGCGAAUUAAAUCAAUAAUAUUUUCUGGCGUGAAAUUUUUAGAGAAAAAUAACACCGGUGUCAUAUGGAAUGCCGGCAAAUAUAAGUUCGAGGUCAUAAGCUCGGACACUAAGAUGAAACACAAAAUAGCAUUAUCGGAAAUUUCACUCAAAAUAAACGUAAAAACGCAACUAGAGAAAGCAGUUUCAUCGAGAAAAGCUGAGGGUAAAAGGGACGAACCACAGCGCAAAAGAGCGGGGGAAAUAGCUGUGACAGAAUUGGAAAAAAAAUUUGCAAAUGUUCGAAGAACAAAAAAAUCGUCGCCGCUCCUAGAAAAAGAGGAUGUUUUCUUUGAGUCGGUAAAUCAUGUUGUUUCACGAGAGAAAACUAUCACUAGCCCACUAUCUUGUAACCUUCCUUCAUAUCCAGAUGAAGCAGUUGACGCUGAUGGGGACGUCACCGUUCAAGUACCAGACACUCCUACUUGA